CAACCACUCUCACAAAUCACAAAAAAAAAAAAAAAAGGAAAAACAAUUCCAAUGGCUGCCUCGACCAUGGCUCUCUCUUCUCCAUCCUUCGCCGGAAAGGCAGUCAAGCUCUCUCCGACAGCUUCCGAAAUCCUCGGAACUGCCCGCGUCACAAUGCGCAAGUCCACCGCCAAGCCCACCGGUCCAUCGGGAAGCCCAUGGUACGGACCCGACAGAGUCAAGUACCUGGGCCCAUUCUCUGGUGAGCCACCGAGCUACCUCACCGGAGAAUUCCCCGGAGACUACGGUUGGGACACCGCCGGUCUAUCCGCCGAUCCCGAGACGUUCGCAAGGAACCGUGAGCUAGAGGUGAUCCACUGCAGAUGGGCAAUGUUGGGUGCGCUCGGAUGCGUUUUCCCCGAGCUCUUGGCUCGUAACGGCGUGAAAUUCGGAGAAGCCGUCUGGUUCAAGGCCGGUUCGCAGAUUUUCAGCGAAGGAGGGCUUGAUUACUUGGGAAACCCUAGCUUGAUCCAUGCUCAGAGCAUCUUGGCCAUAUGGGCCACUCAGGUUAUCCUCAUGGGUGCAGUGGAAGGUUACAGGGUGGCCGGGAAUGGACCACUGGGCGAGGCGGAUGACCUUCUCUACCCCGGUGGAAGCUUCGACCCGUUGGGACUAGCGAGUGACCCGGACGCGUUUGCCGAGUUGAAGGUGAAGGAGAUCAAGAACGGCAGGUUGGCCAUGUUCUCAAUGUUCGGGUUCUUCGUUCAGGCCAUCGUAACCGGGAAGGGACCGUUGGAGAACCUGGCCGACCACUUGGCGGAUCCGGUCAGCAACAAUGCCUGGGCUUACGCCACCAACUUUGUUCCCGGCAAGUGAGCGAGCUAAAGGUGUUUGUGUCGUGUCUUUGUAAGAGUGUGCAUCGUGUUUGUGAUGGUGAUGUAAAUUUACUGAGAAUCUAAUGGAAUUUAUUAUUUCAGAA